AUGACCUGUCCUUGUAACUCACGCAGCGAUGAUUCAGAAACAGCGUCAUCUAUUUUUUCACCGGUACUUAGCUCCACAAAGCCUCUUGCAAGACACAUUGAAAAAAAUGGAGAAUUAAAACCACUCCUAGAACCUGAAGUCGACCUUGCGUCAUCCAUGCUAGAAACUUUACGGGAAGCUACCGAAGAAGAGUACAAAGAAGCACUCGUUCGAGAUGCUGCGAGAAGUGCAAUACAAAGCGUAGAACCAGAUGCAUUGAUAGACGGUGUAGUCGCUAUAGUAAAUUCAGCAGACGCACCAGAAAAUUUGGAUAUAGAUACCGUACCAGAAGCAUCUAAUAAUCAAGACAGUAGAUGUGCUUAUUCUUUGUCUGGUGAAUAUGAUAAUAAUAUCCUAGGCAGAAGUAAUUCUCCUUUAAGUAGCAGGGAGUCUUUGUCUCAAGCGUUAGAUUUAAACUUUGCGCCUAAUAAUUUAUAUAAUAAUUUUAAUUUACCUAAUACAUUAGAAUUACCUAGGAGGCCCCUGCAAGCACUUACGUUUUCUCCAAUUGGAAAUCGAGGUUUCUUACCGGCUAAUAGAUUAAAUCCUUUUGCAAUAAAUACACGUCAGCCUGCACUUAAUUUAAGACAGUUAUUAUCUAUACAAAGGCCUUUAGAUUUGAGUAAUCUUAUGAACUUGAGAGAUGUUGAAUUAGUUCCCCCGCGAAAAGUAUCAAUUAUGAGACCACCGCACACCGAAGAAAUUGUUCAUAAAACGAAAAAUCCUAUUUAUGAGCCUGCUAUUGAUGCAAGCAAUAUGGUUCUGAGUAAAAUUCCAGAAAUAUCAAAUAUUCAUGAUACUGACGAUUGUUUACCUAAUGGAAGUCAAUCGAGGCAAAAGAAUAAUAUUCAUACCAAAAUUUUGAGCAGUGUUCCAUCAUCACAAGAACCGAAUAUAGUACAAAGUAAUUUUGAUAAACUGGAAGAUAAUGAUAAUCAUCGACACACACUACCCCACAACCAUAAAAAUUUAGUACCAUCACCUGAAUGUUUUAAUGGGAACCCGUCUUUCAGUCGAAAUUCUCCUGAGGAGCAUGAUCCCUUGACUGAAGAAAAUCGUAACAGUUUAAGUAUACUAACAUUACAAAAUGAGGCAAAUAAGGCAUACCAUGUGAAGCCGGAAAGUUAUCUUUCUCAACAGGAUAAUAUCAGAGAAGAUCCUUCUGCAUCAUUAGAUGGCACUAAUACACAGCAUUUCAAUGGUAUAGCAUCCAUGAAAAAUAAUGUGAUAAAAACAUUAGAAGAUUUUAGGCAAGCCAAUGCCAUGAUACAUGAAAAUUUACGAUCUAGCUUAGAUGAUGUAUUAAGCUUGGAUAAAAAAGAAUCUUUGAACGAUGAAUAUUCUUCUAGUAAUACAAUGGAUAAACAUUUUAAAGAGGACCGUUCAAGUAAAUCAUUCAAAUACAAUCUAAGCAUAGAAGACUUACAGCAAAUGUCAGACAAAAUUCUCUCUAAAAAUAACAAUAAAGAAAGUAUUCAAAAAUCAAAUGGAAAAUCAUAUAAGAUCUUUGACAACAUGAAUCACAACCAAAACACAGCGCCCGUAAAUGUUGAAAAUAGCAAUCUUGAUCUUGAAAGAGAAUCGACGAAUGUUGAAUGUAUCAUACGCGAUAGUGCAAAUAAUCAUCCACAGCGGUUUUACAAAGAUAAUAAUGAAAUGAAUGUAGCAGCAAGUGAACCUAUCAAUACACGUUUUAGAGCAAAUCAAUAUUUGUAUAAUAUUCCAAAUAGAAAAAAUAUUAAUAGAAGUCCCAUGGUAGAGGACCCUUUAGAAGAUAUAAAUCUUGACAUAUUUCAGUAUCAACCACAUUUUAAAGAUGUUAAGGGUGUAAAGAAACUUCAAUUACCUAAAUUUAACAUGAAAUCCUAUAAAACGCAGUUACCCAUUCCAAAUUCAUUAGAUUUAAAACCUGUCAAAUUACAGAAGGCAAUUAGAAAAGGCAGUGAUAUUUUAGGUGCCACAUUAACAAUGAAACCACAUGCAACACAAAGGUCAUUUGGAUCAAACAAUAAAAUGAGAACAUCACAAAAUGGACCCAACGGUUUAGGAAUUCCAGACAUUGAAGAUAUUCGAUCAUUUUUAGAAAGUAAUGCUCAAAACAUUUUGAAUUUACCAUUCCUGGGUGUUGGUUCCGAUGAUAAUUGUGGAUCAGGCAUGAGAUCAGAUAAUAUGAUCGGUAAUGUGAGAUCAUUUGCAGAAGAGGCAAUCACAAAUGUCCAAGAAAGUUUAGGUAAAACUUUCAAAGAAGCUAAAGGAGCCAACAGCAGACCUUAUCCCCUGAUAAGAGAUACAGUUCUAAAUCCUACUGAUGUCAUUGAAACAAUCGCUGAAGCACAUGGAAAUGCUAAUGAUAAAUUGCGUAAUUUCCAAUUAGAUUUAAAUGAUAGACUAAAAAAAAUCCAUCAAAGUUUAAUAAGUCAGUCAAGAACUUCGUCACCGUCAAUCUUACAACAACGCGAACGCACGCCGAGCCGUGACCUUCAGCCAAACAGAGUAAAUAGAAAAAACAACCCAAAUACAUCACUAUUUGCUAAUCCAAGAGACAAUAGACCCGAAUCAUCAUUGAGCUCUGUAAUAGAUAAAGAUAGUAAGUCGAGAGGAUCUAUUUUAACACAAAAUCCAGCACUUCCACCUCUUAAUUCCCGUGCUCCAAAUCCUCUUUCAUCGCAUAAAUCUAUUACGACAAACAAGAGGACUGACUCGGUGCGUCCCGGUCAAAAAGUUAAUACAAAACGACCACUUCCUUUACGUGAAAGAUUGAAGUUAGCAAGAGAGAACAAAGGUAUUAUUUCAAUUACUACUACAAAAAAACCACCAAUAGUUGAAUCGUUGUCGAAACUAAAACCUUUGUCUGCUCGAAAUUCCAUAGCAUUACCGAAAAAAGAUAACAUACCAAAUCAACCCAGGUGGAUUUUACCGGAAUCUAAUGCAUCAGCAAGAAAACAAAUAAAUAGGGAGCCAAAGACUUCUCCCAGUGACAUUUCCUACACGAAAACAUUACCUAAAACAUCUAAUUGCGACGAAAAUAAUGCACAAACAUUAGGUGAAUCUUCACGAGGUAGAAAUUCAGAAUCAACUACAGAAACAAGUCCAGAAAGGUCGAACAAAAAGACUAUCCUGCCUAAUCUAGCUGAAAAUACAUUCUUAUCCAAGGUCAAAGAAACCGUGACCCCGAAACAUUUAUCGCGCCCACUUUCAAGGAACAAUAAUUAUGAUACAACUUCUAACGAUUAUGUUAUACCUUCUCCUACAGAAGUCCAAAGAAUAAAUAUAGAACCAUCGAAUGGAAUAACAUUUGAUUGCAAAAUGGUAUGCUCAAAGAAUUGA